GGUGGCCCAUGGUACGAAAAUUCAUGUAACGUGUUCAAGUACUGAUUUCGAUUAUUCGGUCUAUUAUUAUAACGGCGUAUCCCCAGCUAACAUUGAGUGCGUAAAUGGCGUAUUCACAGAUCAUGGUUUGAAUUGCGAAUUAGACCAAUUGACACGGCCUGAAUCGGCACCUAGCCCAAGCAAGUGUACACCGAUCGCAAAUGGGAAAAUAACAGAUCGCGGUAAAUCGUUAAUAUGCAACCCAGAAUACAAGCACGUGUUUAAGAACGGAAUGGAUUCCAGUCUGUAUACGAGAUACUCGUGCAGGUGCAAUCAAACAUCCGGUAAAUUGCAGUGCUUGGGGAUAGAAGUAGAAUGCGAGCCAAUUGGCUGCAAGAUACCAGCAAAUGUGCAACAAGGAAUGACACUGUUUGAUCCGCUUGAUGAACAACAAAAAAUCUCAGCAGCUAACCGCUAUGAAAUACAGCACGGUCAAUCUCUGAUCUUUAUUUGUGAACCAUCUGCCAUGUUUUACUUCGAGCCAAACAGAAGAAUGUUCGAGUGUGAUAAAGGCUCAUGGGUUGCUAAACAACGCCCCGGCGAGGGUAUGUCGGAUUUUGGAAACGACGGGUUGUUCCCUGAAUGCCGAAAAGUUAUAUGUGAAGAACAUUAUUGCAAGUUUGGUGGUCACUGCAUCCGGGAUCAUGAAUGCAUAUGUCCGGAACAAACGAGAGGGGAGCAGUGUCAGAUACCCCUGUGCAGUCCUGAGUGUCAGAACGGAGGAACGUGUGUAUCACCUGAAAGAUUGUCAGUGCACUGAGGGAUUUGGUGGAGCCCGCUGUGCUUGCCGUUUGGAAGAGUUCCUUUGUGAAGAUGGACAAUGCGUUGAUUCCAGUUCCGUAUGUGAUGGCACUUGCCAUUGUACAGCAGGCUGCGCAGAUGAGCGCCUUGACGGAGAAAAUAACUGUACCUCAUGGCGUAUCCGACUGGUUAAUGGUUCACACUAUUUUGGCCGGGUAGAGAUCACCAUUAAUGGUCUCACCGGUUCAGUCUGCGAUCACUAUUUUGACAACAAUGAUGCAACGGUCGUGUGCCAGGAAGUUGGGUAUAGGUAUGGACACGCCGUGCUAAGAGGCAAGUAUGGAUAUGGCUCUGGGCCGAUCUGGUUAGAUGACGUCAACUGUAACGGAGAUGAAAACCUAUUGUCCAGUUGUCGGCAUGGAGGACUUGGAAAAUCCAACUGCGAUCAUACCAACGACGCAGGCGUUAUAUGUAUGAACAAUAUACCCACAGUUACUGGCCCAUCAGUUAGUGCUGAGUUGCUUGAUGGACCCAAUAAACAUUCCGGACGUGUUGAAUUGAUCAUUGGGAACCGUCGCGGUUCGGUAUGUGAUGAUUCCUGGGACGACAAGGAUGCAUCAGUCAUUUGUAGAAUGCUUGGAUACGGUGAAGGUAAAGUGCUGAGCAAAGCUUCCUUUGGUCAAGGCAAUUCGAGUAUCCUUUUGGAUGACGUUGAAUGUGACGGUAACGAAACAUCUGUCAUGUCGUGCCGCCAUUCCGGUGUUGGAAUUCAUAACUGUGAUCACACUAAGGAUGCAGGAGUUAUAUGUAGCCCUAAAAAUACUUUCAGUUUGGAAGAGCUCACUUGCAGAGAAAGACAGUGCCUCCCGUAUACCAGUUAUGUAUGUGGUGGUUUCCGAUGCAAUUGUACAGGUUGCGAACGUGCGGGCCUUUUAGAAGAUAUCGGCACCUCGGGGAGUAUCCGACUGGUGAAUGGUUCACACUUCUUUGGCCGGGUAGAGAUCACCAUUAAUGGUCUAACCGGCUCUGUCUGCGACCACUCGAUAGACAACAAUCGUGCAACGGUCGUGUGCCGGGCACUAGGAUUUAGAUUUGGACAUGCCAUACAAAGGAGCCAUUAUGGCUACGGCGGUGGCCCAAUCUGGUUUGCUACCGCAUGUACCGGAGAUGAGUUCUUGUUGUCCAGGUGUCGGGUACCUUUAAAGUCAGACUGCGAUCACAACAACGUCGCAGGCGUCAUAUGUAUGAACACUUUGCCCAAAGUGCCUAAUAUUGUUGCUGAGCUGAGAGUAGAAUUGGUGAAUGGACCUGACAACCAAUCCGGACGCGUGGAAAUUGUUAUCGGUACUAACCGAGGUACUGUGUGUGACGAUGAAUGGGACGACAAUGAUGCCAAAGUCAUUUGCAAAAUGCUCGGAUAUGAUGAUGGGAAAGCUCUAAGUGAAGCCUACUUUGGUCAAGGCAGUUCGAGUAUUUUUCUGGAUGAUGUACAAUGUGACGGAACCGAAUCAUCCAUCACGGCAUGCCGCCAUUCUGGCCUUGGGAUUCAUGACUGUAAGCACGAUGAGGAUGCAUCAGUAAGAUGCAGCCCAAAGAAAGAAUGUGGUCGCCGACCUCUGGUACAUUAUUCAAGAAAGACACGGACUGUGUAUGAUAAGAUUGUUGGGCUUCCUGAAGGGCUCGAAGCAGGAAAGGGCUUCUACCCAUGGCAUGUUGGAGUUCGAAAUCAAUAUAAAAACAUUUGUGGCGGGACAAUUCUGAACGACCGUUGGAUACUUAGCGCCGCACACUGUUUUCAGGUUCAUACUGGUGACCAUGAUCUCAUGAAAUCUGACCCGUUUGAACAACAGUUCGAGUUGGAGCAACUUAUUGAACAUCCUAAUUUUAUAUCUGCUUCAAAAGGUUAUGACAUAGCUCUGAUGAAGGUGAAACUAAACAAUGGAGCUGGUAUCAAGUUUAGUGAAGAUGUACAGCCAGCAUGUCUGCCAGAUGCUGGCAUGGAUUACGAAACUGGAACGAUUUGCCACAUCUCUGGAUGGGGAAAAACGUCCUUGAAUGCUACCAAAGAUGAGACUGUACUUCGCGCAGCCGAGGUUCCUUUAAUUGAUGAUGUUGUCUGCAAAAGGCAAUAUACCACCUUUACUCAGAACAUGGUUUGUGCCGGUUAUAUGGAUGGAGGCAUUGAUACCUGUCAAGGAGACUCAGGUGGACCUCUGGUGUGCAGUGUUGAUGGCCUUUAUUACGUGAUGGGCGUAACAUCCUUUGGGCAUAAAUGUGGUUUACAAAACUACCCUGGUGUUUAUGCAAAGGUAGCGCCUUUUCAGUCCUGGAUUGAGACCACGAUUGCGUCGUAUCCAUAAAGAAAAUACGCCUUCUACAAAUAUGUUGUACACCAUAAGUACUCUUUAAAGACAAAAUAUUCAUAUUGUCACGCAUAUGAAUGAAUUGAAUGAACUAUCAAAUCAAAGUGUUUUUGUUAUUAUUGUGUUCUUUUGCGAUAGUAAUCGUUGAAUAUAUAAACGUUUAUUUUGUUCCCUGAUAAGAAGCCAAUGAUAGGAAUUUUCUAUUGAGAUACAAUUAAUAUAAUAACCCGGCUGUGUGUAUGCAAUGGUGAUUAAAAUGAUAUGUAAAACAAG